UGCUUCUCUUUCGACGCGUCUUGCAAGACUUCACGCUUCCGGGUGCUCCCAGGUUACAGAAGGGCAGGUGGGGCUGACGGGACUACAAUUCCCACAAUGCCCCGCGAUGCUACGUCACAUUAUUGGCUGAACCUCUGGAGUUGUCCUACAACACGUAGUUCUGUUGGCUUGUGCCAAGAGCAGCCCAGGACCGGAAGGCAGGCAUCCGCCCGGUUUCAGAGGAGCCGGCUUGUGUUCCCGAGUGCUUUCUGGUCUGCAAUGGGGGGCACAGAAAGCAGCGAGGGUCGCAGGGUGUCCUCCGGCAUGGACGAGGAAGAGCGGGUCCGGGUGCUGCAGGGCAUCCGGCUUUCUGAAAAUGUGGUUAACCGCAUGAAGGAUUCCAACCAGCCUUCCAAAGUGGGCCAGCCGACUUUUCCUCCUGCUCCUCCAUCCUCCACAUUUGGCACCUCUAAAAAAGGCCCGGAGAAAGACUCCGAACUGCCCAGGUUGGAGUGUGGUGGUGGCCAGCUGCCCCCAGGGGUAGAGGAGGAUCUCCUUAAGAGGUGUAAACAGAAGCAGGCUAUAGUCCAGGAUGAGCUGUUCCAGGUGGCACCGAGGGAAAGAGAAGCAGCCACGCAGUACCAAAGUGCAUUCCUGCAUCAGGGGGAGGGCAGCGUUGACCAGGAGAAGCAGAAGUCAGCCCUGCUGGCCAGAGAGCUGGAGAACCGAGAGACAGAGCUGAGAUGCCACAACACCUUCUAUAAGGAACAACUGGAGCACAUUGAGAGGAAGAAUGCUGAGAUGUAUAAACUAUCUUCACAGCAAUUCCAUGAGGCAGCUUCAAAAAUGGAGGGCACAAUAAAGCCUUACAGGCUACAGCCCGUGUGCUCAGGGCUACAGGCCCAGAUCCUUCGCUGCUACCGUGACCACCUGCAUGAGGUGCUCCUGUGCUCGGACCUGGUCAAGGCUUACCAGCACUGUGUGAUCGCUGCCCACAAGGGUUGAGAAACAACAAUCAUUCCUGACCCUGGCUGUGACUUGGAGCCCUAGAGAAGAGACCCAUUAUGAGACCACAGCCUACAGGCCCCCAGGCCACAGCCAUUUUCUGCCAGAUACCCGCUGUACCGCUGUGCUUGGGGCCACCAUG